AUGCUUAUUGUAUAUUUUCUUAUUCAUUGUGUAAUCGCAUUUGAUCCGGAUACAACUGACUAUGAUGCUUAUGGGCUUAAAGUGGCCAGUAAUGAUCAGUUAAUUGUUGAAGCAGUCAUUUCACAAUCAAAUUUUUUUAUUCGGCUGGCACCGUACAAUUCUUCAUUGACAUGUACAGUUGCAUAUCCUGUGUCAUCAUCUUCAUUAUCAUCAUCAAAUUAUGUUUAUAGUGUGGCUGUCGGCAAGAACCAAGCGUCGAUCAGUUUUACUUUUAUUGGUGAAAAUUUUGAUACAGUUAAUGGCACAACAUCAUUAUUCAUCGGAAUGUUAACAUACACAGGAGUCAGUCCGACAAAUUAUUUGGCAACUAAAUCAAAAAAACAGAUUUUUCCAUGUACAGGAUGGAAGGAUAAUUAUUAUAUACAUUAUUUUCCGGAAUUUGAGCAUGAAGAAUUUUAUAUAGUUGGUAUUGAUCCACAAGGAGUAGUUGCAUAUGGUUUAGGAAAUGAAAUUAUCAUCAUUUAUAAUACACAGACUGAUCAAUAUCAAACGCUAUGGGGUAAUGUGACCUGGUCGGAUACGACAUUCAUGCCGCGUGCCGUUGAUGUUAGUUUGAACGGUUAUUUAGUUGUCUCAGGAUACGUCGAUAAUGGUGAUGAUACAUUCUCAGCAUGUGCCUAUUUGAUUGACUUAAGCAAUUUUACAAUUGUGGAUAGAUGGUUUUACACGCCCAUAAACAACACAUGGCAGUCAACAUUGACAAAUUGGGAUGCCGGUGGUACUUAUUCAUCCAAAUAUGACAUAUCUGUUAGCAUUAAUGAUGAAAAUAAUCAAGUACUAAUUGGUAUACCGUCUGUGAAUACAGUUAUUUUACUUUUUAUAUCCACUAGUCCACUACAAUUUGUAUAUGGUGCAAUGCAUUCUAACGGAAAAACUCUUGGUUAUGGUAAAGCUGUUCAAUGGUUAGGUACAGAUAUUGUCGCUAUUCUAGUGAAUACAUAUUCUCUCAAUAAUAUAUGGUCAUCAUCACAAAUCUACCUAUAUGAAUUAGGAAAUAAUACAACAACUAAUUUCUUGACUACACUACAAUCAAUACUUCCCAACAUUCAACAAACUAUUGCAGCAACAAUUGGUCCUAUGCUUUUGACACUUGUAUCUACUCAAAAUGGAAAACUAAUUGUUUUAGAUUCGUCCGGAAAUAUUUACAUCAUUCUUCCAUCACAACCGGGUUUCUACUCAGAUAUAUCAACAGGUUAUAUAUCUACACAGACUCCCUGUAUUGGUGGCACAUACAAAAGUCAAACUGGUAUUGGCCCUUGUCAUCUUUGUUCUUCUGGUACAAAAACAUCGCUUCAAACUGGUAGCAUUACAUGCGUUGCCUGUUCAGUUGAUUCGUUUUGUCCGUUGGGAUCUGUACAAGAUGUCAGUUAUUCAGCUUUGGAAACAACUUCUCAAGCUAUACCAUACCCAAUGUCACCAAACAGUGUAAGAUUCGACAAUAUUUUGAUGAGUAAUAUGUUUAUUAUUGAUUCAUCUCGACAGUGUAUCGUGAUAUCGCCCAUCUUCUGGGCCUUAAUUACGAUCCUUAUCGGUAUAAAUAUAUUGAUUGUAAUGAUUGUAUUGAAAUAUUUUGUUUCAACGCCGCGUGGGAAAAACAUUCGAAACCGGAUAAAAACAUUUUUUCGACAAACUGAUCUAGUUGGAGAGGGAGAGAUGUGGGUAGGAGGAAUUGCUUCAUUUGCUAUUAUUGUACUUGUUUCAUUUGCCUAUGCAUUUUCGAACUCCUUCUAUACACAAUAUCCAAUUGAAUUAGUCAACGGUUCACCAUUCGCAUGUGAUCCAGAAUUGCGCAAUGCUCAGUUUGAUUCUGGGUUAAUGCCACUUGGUAUCGCACCUAACGAAGAUGAAGAGCAGAUGUUUGUAUUGUUGAACGAACAGCAGUUCACUAUUCAUAUCGAUUUUAUAAAUACCUUGUUUCGUUGUGAUGAUGUUAGUAUUCUACAAGUGAAAGAUACAUCAAUACCCCUUGACAUGUUAGAUUGUCAAGUACAAAAUGAUAAUGCUACAUUAUCGUUAAGCGCCUUACUUCCAUCUCAAGGUAUAAAUAUUCAGUUUAUUCUUACUGGAACAAAUACAAUCGGUGGUUUUCGGGUCGGCUUGCUUGGUUCUGCAGCGUUCGAAUCAAAUGAGACGAAACGUGCAACAUACACACUUUUAGCAUUAGAAUUUUAUCAAUCAUUUUAUGUUGAAAACCAUUUAUUGGCUCAAAAUCCCGCGAUAACUAUACAGUUGACGAAAGUAAUAAAUCGUACAGAAGCAUUAUCGACUGACAGAGAUCUAACAUUGUUUAGCGGAUUGUGGAUACCGUAUUUUCCGAUAAACGUCAAUCAAUUAUUCAUUGAUGAAGCCGAAUACAAAUAUUCUACGAGUUCUGUAACAACACUAUCGAUUGUAAUCAACGAAACGCCGUACUAUAAUAUAAAUAUGCAAAAACCUAUAGCAGACGAAGCCGAGAUAAUAUUUAGUAACUUAUUAUUUACGAUUGUCUGUCUAGAGAUCUUUGGAUUAGGAUUUUUAAUAUUUAAAUUGUUAGUGCUGCCAUUGUUUGAUCGAAUAUUUUGUCGUACUAGACGUAAUAACCGAAAGAGAAGUUCAGAACACUCCAUAGAUAAUAUCACUCGAUAUUAAGAAUAAAUUCUGCACAAUAUUUUACAUGCUUUAUACUACGUUUAUUACGUAUUAUUAUGUUAUACAAUCGAAUGAGAUAUUAAUUAGUCAGUUAUGUUAAGUUUAUUUUUAAAGAAGAUUAUACCAUAAAAUACUUUUCCUCUUCCUGUUUUAUGCUCUUAGUUACUGAUGUAUGUGCUUUACUGGCCUCAUUAAAACGUUUCGAUAAACGCAUGAAUCGACAGAUAAAAUUGCUCGUAAGCGAAAACAGUCACGCGAACAAGAUGCACUUUUUUUGACAAAGAAAUGUUGUACAUUUUAUCCUUUUUAAACUUUAACUCUCAUCUCUCUGGUCCAAUGGUACUGAAAUCGGGUUACUCUAUUGCAUCUGUGUCCAAAGAUACCGAGACGAUGAGUAUUAGAUAGCUUGUCCAAGGCUAUCGCGCGACCGCCGUUGCCGGGAUUCGAAUUCCUUAUGUUUGAAGUACAUUGUCUGCUCACCAGCCGACUGAAUCACGCUGCUCUGUGUCGCACAUCUCUCUACGUAUGCAGAGGUGGUGAGGCAGCAUACUCAAAAACCUAUGAUGAACUAUUAUUAUAUUUCUUUUAGCAUAAAGAGAUAAUUGAUAAAACUCAUUUUUCAUUUCGUAAACUUACUCCACAUUAUUCUUAAAAUCUCUUUUUGCGAGUACUGCAUUUCAUACUUCUAAGAUAUCGCCGUCAUUUUUCGAGCUAGACAUUUCGGGUUAGUUUCAAAAAUAAAGAAACGCUUUUUCUGACGUUGUUGGAUUUUUCAGUUUAAGUGCAGUUUAGAAGAAAUUUAAAGAGUUUUUUUAAAAAUUUCCGGAAGUUAAAGACUUUAAACUAGGAGACUAUAAACAAAACUGUCGUCUUUAAUAAUGAUGUAAAUUUAUUCCAAGUAUAAAAUAUGACCAUUUUUUUCCUUUCUUUACCGUUACUAAAUAGACUACGUUGAAGUAAUUGUGCACUGUUUGGUAGCUGAGUGAUAUGGUAAACUAUCUUGUGAUUUUGUAUAUGCACUAAGAAUCAUUAACAAUAUGCUUUUAAAUAAUAUAUUUAUUUGAAAAUACAACUGGAAUACAGUUUGCUAUAGAGCUGUUGACUCUCCUCCAAAAGACUACGCAUGUGACUACAGUGACUAGAUAGUGAGGUGAUUCGCCACCUAACAUGCACCACAAAAGUUUGUCAUAUUUCUGUUGCGAUACGAUCAAUUUUCAGAAAAGCGAUAUUUAAAAAAUUCUUUCAUCGUAAUGGUAUACGAAAGUAUUCUUAACCCUCUACGGCCGGAUGUUGACUACCGGUAACAUUGCAAGACUGUUUUAUGAAGAACUCUUUCAAACUAGUGUUGAAUAUCGAUCUCAUAUCGUGAUAAUUAAGGAAACAUAUUGCGCAAUUUAUUCAUCUUUCAUUAGAGAUCAUUAUGUAUUGCUUUCUCAAAAUGGCCUGGAAAAAACUAAACAGCUUGAAAAAUCAGUAUAAUCGUAAUUAUCGUUUUUCGGCAUAUGGAUUAAACUCCGUGUGCAAGUCACCUACUCCGAAACUUUCUUUGAUAGGUUAUCGAUAUGCCUCACUAUUAACAACAGCGUUGCAGUAAUAUAUAAUACAAAAAAAACGAGAAGGUUACCUUUAGGUAACAUCCGACCAUAGGGAUACAAAAAUUUAAAAAAGGUCAGCUUUUUUACGUCUAUCAGAGUUUGAUAUUUCAUGGUUUUUUGAAAUCCAUAUGUUGAUACUAGACGCCAGUUUAUCUUCUUGUCCGUCUUCUGCAAGUAAGAGUUGAGAUAUCUCUAAAAUAUUCUCAAAUUUUGCGAAAUAAUGCAAAAAUAGUCAGUUUUUGUCCGGA